AUUGGAAUUCAAAUCAUGUUCAAACAUGUUCCCAUCCUUGUGGUUUCAUUUUUUCACGUAGUUUGCAUGUUUAUCCGCUGAAGAGGGAGCCGUAUUAGGAGUACAAAAGUAUGCAAUAGUUAAAAUUAUUAUCUGGAAAAUGAUGUAUUCUGGAAGAUUUUUAUUUUUUGUGCGCUCAGAAGGAUUAUUGUGCGCAAGAAGUCACUUGCUAAGCUUUCACCAAAAUAUCUCAAAACAUAUGUUGAAACGUUUGAAAGAAACAAUUUUUCCACUGAGACCAAAAAAGCCAGUACCCCCUUUUCUUAUGUACAUAAGACAAGUUAAACCAAGGUUUGCUGAGGAAUCGCCUGGUAUCAAGUAUACUGAGAUAUUACAGAGAGCAGCCAGCGAGUGGUCAAAACUGGAUGUCGCUGAAAAGGAGAAUUUUGUAAAUGAGUACAACAAAAGUUACAAAAUAUAUAUGGAAAAAUUGAGAGAAUAUAAAAACUCUCUUACUGAGGAACAAAAGCAAUUGUGGGAACAAAAGAAGAAAGAAUAUGAACAAGUAAAUAGCAAAAAGAAAUAUGAAAUACUUGGGAGGCCAAAGAGACCAAUAAAUGCAUAUUUGUCUUACUUAUCGUCAAAGAGGAAAGAUAAAGAUCCAGAUAUGCAUGUUAAGGAUUGGAUAAAAUCAAUGACUGAGAACUGGAACAAAUUGCCGGAUAAAGAAAAGGAACCAUAUUUCACAGAAGCUAUGCAACUUAAGGCACAAUAUCACAAAGAUUUAGAAAAAUGGGAGAUGGAAAUGAUACGUUCCGGUAAUUCUGAUAUUGUAAGAAGUAAAACUUUAUUGAAAUAUAAGAAUGCUAACUGUGAGGAACAACAAUAAAAAUUAAAAUUACCCCACUCUAUUUUAUUGAUAUCGAUCAUUUUUAUUCAGUUAGUGAAUCAUUUGGAAAACUACACUUGGUAGAACAUUUAUGAACUUAAAGAUAAAUUAACGAUUUUGCACGAGCUUGUUUAAGUUAUUAAAAUAAAUCUAAAAAAUA